CUGCUGUAGUGUAGACUUAGUGGAUAGACUAAAUAUUCUGUUGGACUUUGAGCAAUAGACUCGUAGUUUGGAUUAUUUUAGAUCUCUUAUAAACUUAUCUAAUCUAGGUCUAGACUAGAGCUAAGCAGAGGUCUAAACGAGCGAUUUCGAUGUUUAAAUAUUUUACUAGCUCAAGCUCUAGAUUGCAUUUUAGCUAUAUUAGACGCAUUAGCUUUACUAAGACAACGUUGACAGCAGAAUUAACUGGUAACAAGUUGAACAAGCCUAACACUAACACACACAGUAACACCGAGAGUGAGACUGACAGUAACAAUAAUAUUAAUAAGAUGUCUAAAACUGUUGAAGAUGUUAUAUUGUCAAAAACUGAAUCAACUUUUCAAUAUGAUAAAGAUCUUUUAACUUUGCCCGUUCCAGACCUAUCCAACACAUUGAAGAAAUACUUAGCUUCAGUAAAAGUGUUAGUAACAGAAGAAGAAUACAAGAAGACAGAAUUGAUUGUUUCUCAGUUUGCUAAUGGUGAAGGCAAAUAUUUACAUGAAAAAUUCAGAGCCAAAGCAGCCAAUAAAAGAAAUUGGCUUGAGGAAUGGUGGGAAGAUGCAGCAUAUUUAGAAUUAAGACUUCCAAGACCUCUGAUGAACAUGGGUGGUCCAGCUCCAUAUUCUGAGGAUGUCUGGCCUCCUGUAGCUGGUUCACAGAUCCCAAGAGCUGCCAUGUGCAUGUAUUAUAUUCUAAAAUAUUGGGAAUUUACACGCAAAGAAAAACACAAACCAAUGAAAGAUAGUAAAGGCCGGCCACUAUGUAUGUACCAGUUUAAGAGAAUCUUUAAUACUUGUGCUGUUCCUGGAGUUCAGAAGGAUAAACUCAUUCAGUAUUUUAAAACUGAAUCAGAAGGAUUUUGCCCCACAAAUGUCAUUGUUAUAUCCAAUGGGCACAUUUUUAGUAUUACCCCUUUUGAUGACAAGGGUGAGAUACUAACAGUACCGGAGAUACAAUUUUUACUUCAACAAGUUCGAACUCGUAGUAAGCUUUUAGGCUUAGGACAAGGGUUAACUUAUUUGACUGCUGAAGAAAGAACCAAAUGGGCCAAGGCAAGAAACAGACUUGUUGCACUCCACCCCCAGAACUAUGUUAACCUGACAAAGAUUCAAACCUCUAUAAUAGCUUUCUGGUUAGAAGAUGGCGAUGCAGGGGAUGUGUCUGAUCUUGCAAAUAGAGCCAUCCUUGGUCAUGGAGAAAAUAGAUGGCUAGAUAAAUCUUUAUCCUGUGGUGUUUAUGAAAAUGGGCUGUUUGUUUCAAAUGCAGAUCAUACACCUGCCGAGGGUAUUAUGAUGACCUAUGUCACAAGUUAUGUUCACCUUAAGCUUCGUGAAUGUGGUGGACAGUGGCAGGGAAACCAGCAGUUAAGAAAAUUAGAAGAACCUGAAUUACUUCAGUUUGUUAUUGAUGACAGUUUGAAAGCAGACAUUGAAACAGCUAAACAGAAUUAUUCUGUAUUGAGAAACAUUGCUACAAAUGAAAUAAAGGUGUACAGCAAAUAUGGCAAAAACUAUUGCAAAGAAAAAAGUAUUCAUCCUGAUGCUUUAUGUCAGCUUGCCAUGCAGCUAGCUUACUAUACUCUUUAUAGAAGAAUGGCUCCUACAUAUGAAACUGCUCCAAUCAAACAGUUUUAUCAUGGUAGAACAGAAACAAUGAGAACUUCCACUCAAGAAGCUAAAAAUUGGUGCAUUGCAAUGACAGAUCCUUCAGUCUCAACUAGUGAAAGAUACAGACUAUUUAAAGUUGCUCUUAAAAAGCAUAAUAGUGACUUCAGUGAUGCCUGUGAAUUUAAAGGUUGUGAUCGACACCUUUUGGCUUUGUGGCUCACAGCAAAAGAGGAAAAUCUUCCUGUUCCACAAAUUUAUCUAGAUCCAUCAUAUGCUAAAAGUGGUGGUGGAGGAAACUUUAUCUUAUCAACAAGUUGCAUUGGGUUUUCUACUGUGAUUGGUGGCGUCUUGCCCAUGUGUGAAAACUGCAUUGGGACAUUUUACAGAAUCAACGAUGACAGGUUGUCAUUUUUUGUAACAACAUGGAAUGCAGAUAAAGACACCAACACUUCAGAUUUUGCCGAAGCAAUAUGUUGUGCUCUAGACAAGCUCAAGGUCUUGAUAGAUGAACAACCCAUGACCCCAAGUUCACGAUUAUAAAUCUAUAUAUUUAAUCUUGAUAGAUGAACAACCUGUGACCCCAAGUUCAUGAUUAUAAAUCUAUCUAUUUAUAUAAAUAUAUUUGUUAUUGACAAAUCUUCUAGAUUUUUACUAUAUAUAUAUUUUACUUAAUUUUAAAUUUUAAUUUAUAUAAUUGUUUAAAAUACAAGUAGUGGAACAAUUUUUUUUUCUUGUUAGAGAAGUCCAGAAUCUACUUCAUUAUACAUGCAAAAUAAAACAAUAUAAUUUUAUAAGUAUUAAGUGCACUGUAAAAUUAAUUUUAUUGUGUUAUUGUUGUUGCCAAUUAUGUUAUCAUAAAUAUUUUUUUUUCUACUUAAAUAGAAUCAAGAAUUCUAUAAGAAAGUAAUGUAUGUCCAUUGUAUCAUGUACAUACUAUAAUUUUUUUAUGUACUUCCAUGUUUUUAAUUUGUCCUAUAUAAUAUUUUUAUAUACCAUUUUGUAAUAUUUACAUUUGUAAAAUAGAUUUAUUUUGCAAAUCCAGUAAAUUAAAAAUUACAGUGUUGCCUAAUUAAUGGAUUAACAUAAACCCUGGCAUGACGAACUCACUUAAAAAAAACAUUUAUACACUUUUAGUAAUUCACCUAGGCCACAGUAGUUUAAAUAAAAAGUGUUUUUGCCAGGGUUAUUUAUUUAUUGGAUAUAUAUGUUUGUUUCUCCAUGUAAAUGAAAAGAAAUACUGUUAAAUAUUGCUAAUUAGCGCUAUCAGAUCACAAUAUCCUGGUAUUUCUCUCUUUUAUUAACUCGUUUUGAAAAUAGAAUAGCUAAAUAUCUUUCAAUUAAAUAUAGAAUAAAAUUGUUUUAGUUUUGCUGUUGUUUAUAUUUAUUGCUCAAUAAUGACUGCAUAAAAUAUAUUUCUCCUCAGAAAAUAACGUCAACAGACUUUCAUUUAUUUCUUAUAAAUUUAUUCUAGUUAAUUCUUUCUGUUAGUUCAAUAACUAUAUAAGUAAUUAGUUCGUAUUAUAUAUAUAUAUAUAUAUAUAUAUAUAUAUAUAUAUAUAUAUAUAUAUAUAUAUAUAUAUAUAUACAGUGCUUUUUUUUGUAAAAAAAAAAAUAAGUGCUGGUACUCAGUGAUGGAUUGCCUAACUUUUAACUACUUAUAAAUUAAUAAUAAACGUUGAAAUACAAGAAAAGUAAUAAUUUUUUCCCCACAUUCAAAAAGGUGCCGGUGUACUGGUGUGUACCAUCACAAAAAAAGCACUAUAUAUAUAUAUAUUAUAAAGCUUGUCUUCGAGUCUCAUGAUGAAUGCAAUAUUUCCCAUGGCUACGCAGCUCCAGCUGUGACCUGCAUAUUUUGCCACAUUCGAGGCAAGCAUAGCCAUUGUCUGCUGGUGGUCGAUUAAGAUUUUUAUUUUUGACAUCUGCAUACAUGAGUUUCUAACUAGCCAUUCUGUAACGAAAUGAAAUAGAGCUUACCAUUGUUCAACUCGCUUAAGAAAUAUUCCAUUCUUUCUCCAAAUCUUAAAAUGAAUUUUGAAAUACUCAUUUAAAAACUUAAUUAUGCUACCAUCCAGAUUAUAGGAAUUUUAAGACCGUGUUUAAAUUGUAUUGAUGCAACUGAUAAUGCAAAGGGUAAAACUUGACCACAUUAAAAGCUGAAGGAGCUCUUUGAAAGGAACAAGUGGGGUUCAGUGCAGGUGAAAGAUGUGUCUAUUAUUUAACAUACAAGUUCUGAAUGAAAUGAUUCCAUCCCAGACAACUGAUGUAUACAUUUAAAGAUUUAAAAAAAUAAUUUUCACAUGGUUGGUCUUGAAAAAAAUUGUCAACUAAUGUAAGGCGUAUGCAUGUAUGUCUCACAUAGAAAUCAAAAUCGUUUGACCAAUCUUGAUACAACUGGGCACAAAUGUUCCUUAGAUGAUAGUGGAGACUAUAGUGUAUUUUUAAUGUACCCCCACAACAAGGGGGCCAUACAAAUAAAAGAAAAUACCUAAAUUUAUCUGUAUUAAAGACGAAAAUUGUCCACAACUUGGGUAAACCCAUUUUCACAUUGUUUAUAUUGGAUAUGUGGCUAAACGGGUAAACCUAUUUUCAUAUUUUUAUUUUCGUGGCAAAAUAAAAAUGUAAAGGGAACAUUCGCCAUGUUAGAGAUAGGUCUUAAAUAUCAUCUUAUCUUGAAUACAAAUUCACUAUACCAGUAAUACCCAAACUAAGGGCUGCAGGUAAUAUUUGGUUAUAUAUAUAAGAAUGUUAAAAAGAUUCUCAAGAAAUGUUUCUGAACAUUUAUGGGUUCAUUCUCCCAAAUUCUAUUCUAUACAGUUUAUCAUAGAAAUGCCAAAAGCUCCAAUCUGUAGACCUGUUCCCUGUCUUUGGUGUUGCAGCAUUAUGUUGUUAAAUGAGCAUGCUCCGCCAUUUGUAAUAAAUUUAGUAUUAAAAAUUA